CAAUACAUCACGUGCAUUGUCACUUUUUAUUUAUUUUUUAUUUUAAAUUAAAUUUUACUUUAUUUCAGUGUAAAUCAGAAUGGCUGGAAAUAAGCACGUGUUUCAGAUGUCUGGAAUAAAGGAUCAGCAGCAGAAAGGAGAACUGCUUCGGGCCAUUAGGCAGCUUCAGGGCCUGUAUAUAGGAGGAUCUGUAUACAAAGAGAAAAUGACUCACCUUAUUGUUGCGAAGCCUCUACCGAGCGAGAAGUUCCUCUCAGCAUGUGCUGCAGGGAAGUGGAUCGUGUCUCCACAAUAUGUGCUGGAUAGUGCAAAACAGAACACAUGGCUACCUGAAGCAUCAUACGAGUUGAACCUCACUGCUAAUCUCCACACUUCUGUGAUUAUGAACCCUCUUAGGGAUUGGAGAGAAAAGGUUGCUCAGGGCAUUACAUCUGGAGCUUUUCAGGGCUGGGUUGUGUAUCUUCAGACUGACGAUCCCGUUAGGAGAGACAUGUUUAAAAGAAUACUGAACGCAGGGAGUGCUGUGGUCUACACUGACAAGUCCGCCACACAAGCAGUUACACACGUGUUAACCAAAGAUAAAUUCAGGAUGGGUCAGAAUCUCAGCAGUCCUUCCUACAACAUCAGCUACAUCGCUGAACAUCUUUUUGGGCUGGCAUUCUCAGCUUUAAACUCAUCUGUUAGAUGGGAAAAACCCAUACAAGAAGCACGUUUGAUGCAGCUGGAGGCUCUGGAGUCCAGUAUCAUUAGUAUAGAGGAUGAACCCAUGGAUGUGACUGAUAACUCGCUUCUCUCUGAGCUAGAGGAAAAACUACAAGACUACAUAAAAAAAAACGAGCUACGGAAGAAACAUCAAAUAAAAGCUCCAGAGAUUUUCAGCUACUAUACACCCGUCUUUCCAGUUCAGGUAACCGCAGUGGAUUUCACUAACGUUCAAAGCUUGGUGGAGUGUGGGCUGUUCCCUCAGGCUCUGGAGGAGAUUCAGGUCUGUCUGAAACCUGGAGUGCUUCCUCCACAUCCUCUGCUUAACGCCUGCAUGCAGCAUGCCCUUCAUGGUGAAGCUGAGCCGUACUUUUUCAGCAUGUUCAGCACCGUUCUAAACAACAUACUGUGCAAUAACCCUACAUGGAGCUCUCCUACAAGCAUCAAGUACUUCCUGCAGAUCCUGCAGUGUCCACAGUGUAAAGCUGGAGCCUUGCCAUUCUUCCAGACAUCAGUAAGGUACUGCUUGGAAAGCAAAGAUACCUGUCACUCACUGCCUAGCCCUGCCCCUCCAGAACUGCUCCGUUUCCUUGGCAACCUACAGGCGUUUAUGCUAAGGCUCUUUCAGCUGGAGCUGCACGCUGCUGGUUUGAGUAGAAGGACGGGAGGCUCAUGGAAGUCCCUGAUCUACACUAUGUUCUGGAACAUGUGGGAAAAGACAACGCUCACCUCCAGAGCCCUGCAGCAGCUGGCUGAACUUCUAGUGCAAACCACACUCUGGGCUCUCCAUUCCUCUCAGAAUUGGAGGCUGCAGGUACUGGCCACGCUGCAGGAGAUCCUGGCUGUGGUGGUGGAGUUCUGGGCUCAGGAGCAUGCUCAGCUCAACAGCCGUCAAGUGGAAAAAGGUUUUCAGGACCUGGCGGAGUAUAUUGCCAUCCAGUGCCAGGAUGUCCAUCCAGACCUUGUAAGGGAGCUGGUUCCUGCCCUGCAAUCCCAUCGGCUCAGGAUGCGUACCGCUGAUGCAAUCUACAGAAAUUUUUGCUCCAGGAAAGGCCUGAUAAUCAUCUCUGAGCCUCUCUCCCUCCACAAGAUAGUCUUUUCCUACCUGAAAGCCCUGGGGCAGUUGUGUGGGUGCAAGCCUGUGAGUGCAGCCUCACAGAGGGCAGACAGUCAGGUGUCAGCUGCAGAACAAAACAUGUGCAUGGGGGGCUCGGGCUUGAUGAAGGACAACUUGCCGAAAGGUUUUCACAAAGUGAAUCCUGCAGGGGAGACACUCCUCCAUCGAGCCUGCAAGAGGAACCAGUUUGUGAUUGUGCUCCAGAUCCUCAGCCUGCCUGGUGUGGAUGCUAACGCUAAAGACCAUGUUGGCUGGACACCCCUACAUGAGGCAUGUAACCAUGGCAGCACUGAGUGUGUGAGGGCGCUGCUGCAGCACUGCCCCAGCCUGCAGCUGGACAGUCAGGUGGAGGGAGUGAGCCCACUGCAUGAUGCACUCCUCAACCAGCACACAACCAUUUCUAAGAUGCUGCUGCGCCAUGCAGGUUCUGCAUUGUUGCACUUGCGUGACCGUUUAGGUCACACUCCUCUGGACCUGGUCAGUGAGGAGCUGCGUGAGGAGCUAAGACGCUGUGCAGAAGAAGGUGACUUGGCCAUGGCGGCGGGUCAGGUCUCUGAGGUAAGAGACCUGCCCUUCAUAGAGUCCUGCUCAUGCCUGCUGAGCUGCCUCCUCCUCACCUACCUGCUGGAGCAACACAUUCCAUCGUAUGAGAGCGCAGAUCCAGUGCUGGAGCUCAGUCCUGAUCGAGCACAAGCACUACUCAGGUUAAACCCAGAGACCCUGACCUCACAGUGGACAGACACUGGAGCUGUGGUGCUGGCUCAGGAUCUGGUGACUCUGAUGAGCAUGAAGCAGUACGUGGAGCAGCUGAGUCCUGCACUUACACGGUGCAGUGGGACUCAUACCAGUCUACUCAUCCAGCUGCUGAAUGACCUGCAGGCCGAGGGGGCAGCACUGCUCACUGGAGAACCUUGGUGCUAACCAUUGUGUAUACAACUUAUUCAGUUUUGCUUGGGAGCGACAAUAUUAAUUGGACCGGUUACAGAAACCCUUGCUUAUUGCAGUUGGUGAUUUCCGACACAUCAUUACUUACUGUUAUUUAUCAAAUCUAAUAGAACCAUCAUGUAGUUCGUUCUUGCCAAACAGAUAUCAGCAGGAAUUUCUUUUUUUCCAUUUUCAUUUAUGUAUUUUCUCCCAGUUUAGCGUAGCCAAUUAGUCCGCUGCUGCGGAUCCCAAUUGCACCUGAGGAGGGUAUAUACCCAGCCCACACCCCCUCUGAUGCGUGCACAGUCCCUCGACCCCUUCUUAUUCGCCCAUACUUCAGCGUUUGAAGACUCCACACACUUAUUAGUCCAGUCUUUCCCACUCAGCUGACUGAUGGACAAUUUUUUGACUGCUACAGGCACUGCCAAAAGGUCGGCACCUUUGUACCAGGGUAGCAUUCCGCUGCACCACCUGGGUGCCUAGCGGUAAUUUCUUACAUUGCACAGUUCUGUAUUAUACAUACAUUAUGAAAAAUGAAGAAUUGAAUAUGUUACAGUUUUUUUUAUUGAGGACUAACACUACGUCCUGAGCUUCCUUUUCUAUUGAAUGUUUUCUGUUGAAUGUUUUCUUAAAUAUUAGCCUUUAAAAUUAUUUUUGAAUGACAGAAUUGUGUUACUUAUGGUUAUAAUAUAAUAAGU